UGUCCAAAGGACCAACUAGCAAAAGAAGGGUUAAGUAACCUUGUUUUGAUUUGUGAUAUUGUCCGCUGACCCCUCCCCUUGGCUCAAUGAGUCUGUCAUGGUGUUGGUGGGUUAUAAAAAGGCCUCUGAGGUCCCCCCGCUCUGAUAAAGAGGCUUAAUGUCUGCAGGACAUGCUUAACGUUUGUCUAUCCAUGUUACUCUUCUAACAACCAGCGAGAGUUGGCAUAUAGAUGCACAGAGACUGGCUUACUGCUCCACUCAGGAGCUUUUUAUGACAAAAAUCUGAUUUAAGAAGGAAUUUGUGCAUUUUACUCACAGCUACAUGCUGAGGCCUUUAUGUGUUGUUACAUUUAGCUUUAGAGAGACAGUUUCUGUUUGAGUGCUUUUUGGUCUGUAUUUUUUGGACAUUUUCUCCUUUAGGUUGAUUAGUUAGUCCCCAGGUGUUUAGACGCUGCUUUUUGACUUUGUACGAUCAUGUGGGAGUUCAGGUCUAUGUCUUUCUGGCGAGCGGUCUUCGCAGAGUUCUAUGGCACCAUGUUCUUUGUAUUCUUUGGGCUGGGAGCGGCCCUCCGCUGGACCACAGGCCCCCACAAUGUUCUUCAUGUUGCCUUUUGCUUUGGACUGGCGGCUGCCACCUUCAUCCAGUCCAUCGGUCACAUCAGCGGGGGACACAUCAACCCAGCUGUCACCUUCGCUUACCUGAUCGGAUCCCAAAUGUCCAUGUUCCGGGCUUUCUUCUACAUCAUAGCCCAGUGUCUCGGAGCGCUGGCCGGUGCUGCUGUGCUGUACGGCGUCACACCCAACAACAUGAGGGGGAACUUGGCACUGAAUACGCUGCAGCCAGGCAUCAGCCUUGGCAUGGCCACCACGAUCGAGAUCUUCCUCACCCUCCAGCUUGUCAUCUGCGUCUUUGCUGUGACAGAUGAGAGGCGCAACGGACGCCUGGGCUCUGCUGCUCUUGCCAUCGGCUUCUCUGUGCUCAUUGGGCAUCUGUUUGGGAUGUACUACACAGGAGCGGGAAUGAAUCCAGCAAGGUCCUUCGCCCCUGCUGUCCUUGUCAGGAACUUUGUUAACCACUGGGUGUACUGGGUGGGACCCAUGAUCGGCGGUGCCAUAGGUGCUCUGCUCUAUGACUUCCUGCUGUUCCCACGCAUGCGUGGUCUCUCCGAGAGGCUGGCCACGCUGAAGGGCACCCGGCCCCCAGAGGCCGAGGCCCAGCAGGAGACCAGGGGAGAGUCCAUUGAGCUUAAGACACAGGCCCUAUAAAUCUGGACAUUUGCUUUCUGACACCCCCAACCUCUUUCACACCUCUUCCACCUGUAGCGCCACACUCUGCACCCUUGGUUCCUGGUCCAUCCGCAGCCCACACACUGUUUUUGCACGCAUGCCUCCUCUCGUUCCUCAACAAUUGCAAAGAGCCCCCUUGUCAUCCUUGUCGUGCUCCCUACAGGACUUAUAGAAAGGGCAUGCACUGCCCCGAUUAACUUACUUAAUCUCACCUACGCCCAUUUUUCCUUCUCCUGUUCCCAAAGUUGGAGGGUUGGAGGAGGACUUGCCGCUAAAGGAAGCACCCCAUGCCCUGUAGCAGGGUGAAUCAAUUACUCCUUGCUGACCAGACAGCUAUAACUGCCAGGGAUAGUGGUGCUAUUUCCAUCUUUACUUCCCUUUCUGUUUAUUUUCCCUGCCUUUCAUUUCGCUAGGAGUGAAGCUACAGUAGAACAAAGGACCUCCGCCUGCAUUUCCAAUUUUGAUUGAGCGUGAUCUCGCUCUGUGUUUUGUUUCACAAACUUUGGCCAAGAUAUGUAUUGGUAUUGUUUUUGCCUUUUCUUUCUUUUAGCUGUAUGUGUGUGUAUAUGCAAGCCUGUGUGAUAAGAGUGAUGGUGAGAAAGACAAAUUGAGUGCGCCUGCUCGUCUGUGUGUAUGUGUAUGCUUGUUUUACAAGAUAUUUUCCCUGAAAUGUCAUUGCUAAAAUUGUUUGUAUAAUGAGUUAUAUAAUGUCACAUUACGUUAGAGAUGUGUCACCAUUUUUUUUUGCCCUAAAUGAAAAAGUAUAAUUUACUGUAAAAUUCCAAGAAAUUUGCAUGUUUAGGGUAAUUGUAUCUUUCUCCUAAGGGGAUAAAUCUGGAUUUCAAUCACGGCUUAAAGCUCCUUUCAAACACUUGAGCAUUUGUGUCUCAUGUAGUAAAGCCCCUAUAAAAUGCUAUUUAUUUUUAAAAUAAAGAUCCACAAUUAACUUUUUUUUUUUUCUUUCAGGCAGAUUUUUUUAAGUGCCAAUAUUAAGUUUUAUUAUUUUACCCAGAACCGUAGCAUAUUACUUUAUAAGUAAAUAAUUUGUUCGCAACAUCCACAUUUGGAUCAUAUGCAGUAAUUGUGUUGGUUUAUGCUUUCUUUGACUUUCUGACAAAAUUUUGUACCCAGAGCUUUAGAGCAGCGCUGACCAAAGACCCAUGUACAGGCGUAUUUGAGUUAUUACAUUUUAUUUACUUAGUCCUACCAAGGAAAAACAAGGAGAGCAAACUCGACUCGCUGUCCUGAAGAUCAGGUGUUUUUUUGUUUCAUUGGCAUUGUGCUACUUUGCGUAAAUUAUACAUCAGAGAACUUAAAUUUUGUGUUAAUAAAGGCAGACUCCAUGAGGUGGGACAGCUGUAGUCUGUUCAAGUUGAAAGGCUCAAUUCUGUUAAAUUUGAAAUUUAACAGAGUGCAUCUUGAUUUUCAUAGUCUUCAAGACGAAGAUUGAAGUUUGAAAUUGUAUUUGUUCCCUUCUUCCUGUCUUUGGGACGUGGCUCAGAGAGAAGUUAGCAUUUUGCUAGUUUUGCUAGAACAUUUCUUGAACCAAGCUUUGUAAACUGAUUCUGUUUCUGCUUCCUUUACAUAACACCUUCACUUAAUUUCCUUUUUUACUCCCAGAGUGAUUUCCAUGGCUGUGGUUGAGUAGAAUUUACAUUUUCAAAUUUUUUUUAAAUUAGAUUGUUUUCUAAUGGAAACGUUAUGAUGUACAGUGUAAGAUUUUUUUUCUUAAAAAAAAAGGCUGUUGAAAAUGGACGAAAAGUGGAUUGAUAUAGUAUAAGAUGCUCGCUAAUCCAUGUUAUCAUAGAUUAAACAAAUCCUGCUAUGUACAAACAUUCAACUGGUCAUCCACUGUGGUAACAGGCAUAGUUUGGGGCAUAAUUGGCUUUAAAUGUAAAGAAAAAAAAAUC